AUGACCCUACAAAGGCUGAGCAGUUUUUUUGGAGAGGCUUCUGGUGUCAACGCUUUUUUGGCCAUUGCACCGGUGUCAUCUGAGUGUGUUUCUGUGGAGUUGAGGAAACGAGCCCGAUUGUUGCAUGUAAAUCACCAAGAGCCUUACGUUCUUUCCCGGUUGGCGGCGUCUGCGGCGCUGUCAUCUACACUGAAUGCCUCAAUUUUGUUUGUGGGUGCGAGAGAGGAGGCGCGGCAGUACGGCGCCAUUCUUUCACUCUCCCAUGAGGACACCAUUGGUGGUGCUGUAGCGUGGCGCGAUAACACGCCGUUUGCCUUUGGCAUUGAUGUGGUUGAUAUAAAGCGGCUAGCUUAUGUUAGGAGGCGGUUUUCCCACUUUGGUGCGCGUUGGAUGCCGCGUUGUCAGCCAUCAUCUUUGGAUGCUGCUGACUUGGCGUACGUCCAGAUGACGUACGGCGAUUGCAUCGAUCCGGUGGAUGUAGUUUUGGCACAGCACUGGGGUCUUCGCGAGUGCUGCGUUAAGCUUGUCGGUAUUGUGGGACGCUCAUUCCCAUUUGAGUGCUUCCGUGGUCCAGUUGCACUGUUUCCCAAACAUUUUGAGGCACACGUUAUAGGAAGUGGGGGCGAGGCGCUGCAGUCCGCUGGCCUUCACUCGAACCUUUUCGUCUCUUUGUGGCCGCAUGUUCUGCAGCUGCCGUCUGGGGAGCAAAGAGCAUUCGUGACCGUUGUGGCUGCUUGUCCCAGAAGCCAGCGACGCUAG